UUCAAACUCCAAAUUCCAUCGCCAAUCCAAUCCAAAGGUAAAACAUUUUUAUUUACCUUUCCAAAUAUAUAUAUAUAUAAAAAUAUCUUCCAUCACAUAGUUGCUGCGACGAAGUUUCGGGUACCGGAGCUGAGAAAGACGGAGGCAUUGCGAACCGGAGGAGUGUCUUCAGAGAAAUCCGACUUUCAAAUUCUUCUCUGUCUUCAUCCUCUUCGAUGAAUGGACUGAGAAUCUAACGUGAUGACCUUCGGGUUUGCAGUGGUGUGAAAUUAUUUUUCUUAUUUGUUCUUGAAAUUUGGUGAAAUUUGAGCUGCUGUGCCAGUAAGUAUGGAGACUACGGUAAUGCAGCAGUUGCAGUUUUCGCCAUGGAUUCACUCGAAGAGUGUUUCUGCAAAACCGAAGGGUUCGCUGCAUUUCCCUCGGAGAUUAGCGGAGCAGGAUAUAUUGCAGGCCCCAUUUUCAUUCGAUUUACGAGUGUCGAGACAUUCAAAUCAUCGGAGAACCGUUGCUUUGAAAAUCUCCUGUUCUUAUAAGAACUCUUCAGUGUUGGAAUCUGGAAACCAUUGUGCGUCUGUUGAUGAGUCUUUGGCUAUACAGAGGAAGUCCCGGGAGAUUGAGUCAUAUUUAAAUGGGCGCUCUAUAUAUCUUGUUGGAAUGAUGGGCUCCGGAAAAACAACUGUGGGAAAAGUCUUGUCAAAUGCACUUGGUUACUCCUUUUCUGAUAGUGAUUCAUUGGUGGAAGAAGACACAGGAAUUUCUGUAGCUGAAAUUUUCAAGGUCUAUGGGGAGGACUUCUUUAGAGAAAGGGAGACGGAAGCAUUGAGGAAGUUAUCUUUGAUGCGCCAGUUUGUUAUUUCCACCGGCGGAGGUGCCGUAACGAGAUCGAUAAACUGGAAAUAUAUGCAUAAAGGCAUCAGUGUUUGGUUGGAUGUGCCUUUAGAAGCCUUGGUUAAGAGAAUUUCAGCUGUAGGAACCAAUUCUCGUCCUCUUUUGCAUCAUGAUUCAACUGAUGCAUACUCAAAGACCCUCGUCCGUUUAUCUACUCUUCUGGAAGAGAGGGGCGAAGCAUAUGCCAACGCUGAAGUCACAGUUUCCUGCGAAAAAAUUGCAGCCAAACUGGGUACUAAAGAUGUAUCGAAUGUCACGCCUAUGGCCAUAGCAAUCGAGGCACUUGAACAAAUCGAGAUCUUUUUGAAGAGAGAAGAUGGUUAUUGUGCAAUUUGAUGACCACAAAAGAAAAAAAAUGAUUCAUUUAGGUACAUAUGAAUAACGGCAAUGAGUGGAAACAAAAUCGAUUCUUUCAUUAUUUCUGGGUAAUCUUCUUUAUCAAGUAUCAAGGCAUGUUUCAGUUUCACUCAAGGCUGUCCCAUUUGUUCUUCAUCUCAUCUCAUAAGUGUGUUUGGUCUAGUGUAGAGUAUUACAGUGCAUCAUCUUAAAAUGUUGAAUGGUUAUAAGUUUCUAAGCAUAUGGAGAAAAAAAAUAAUUAGACAUUAGAGUUGUAUUUGAAAGAGUUGUGGAAUUCAUCUAAGUUAAGAACUGAAUGAUAUCAUUUAUUAAAGGUUAUAUUAUUGAAAUACCCCUAAAUUAGAUUA